UCUAAAACAAGGAAUCAAAACCAAAUAAUACAGACUUCCAUCCAAAUCUGUCACUCAGCCUGCUUUGCAGUACCACUAACUUUAGGUCUGGUCUAUUUACGGUGAGACAAAAAAAUAUUACCAAUAUGCCGGAGGGAACCGUAACCGCUUACGCUGGAUUCGACAAGGAGGCAGACGCAGCAGCUCUGCGAAAGGCCAUGAAGGGAUUGGGAACGGACGAGCAAGCAAUAACGGAUGUGCUCGCUUAUCGAUCCAACGCCCAGAGGCAAGAAAUUGUUCUUCAAUUUAAAACUGCGUAUGGAAAGGAUUUGAUUGCAGAUUUAAAAAGCGAGCUGGGUGGAAAAUAUGAAGAUAUAGUACUAGCACUACUCGAUAAGCCGGCUGUCUAUGACGCCAAGUCCCUACGAAAGGCAAUGAAGGGCGCUGGAACUGACGAAAAGGCACUACUUGAGAUCAUGUGCACACGUUCAAACAGUGAAAUUAAAGCUAUCAAGGAAGCCUACAAAAAAGUAAACAAACGCGAUUUGGAGAAGGAUCUUAUGAGUGAAACCAGCGGUCAUUUCAAACGCCUCAUGGUUUCCUGUUGUCAGGCUGCUCGGGAUGAAAGUACUGCCGUCGACGAGGGAAAAGCAAAUGCCGACGCCAAUGCAAUUUACCAGGCUGGUGAACUAAAAUGGGGGACCGACGAGUCAGAAAUACUCCGAGUCUUAGCAACAAGAAGUCGGCCGCAAUUGAAUGCAACAUUUGACGCUUACGCCAGGAUAUCUAGCAAGACCAUUGAGGAAGCAAUUAAGAGUGAAACAUCAGGCGAUCUGAAGGACGGUUUCCUCGCUAUAAUUGGAUGCGCUCGAAAUACACCCCAAUAUUUCGCCCAUCGAAUUCACGAUGCAAUGAGUGGUGCGGGAACUAAAGACGACCAACUGAUCCGAUGCAUCGUCUCCCGAUCCGAGAUCGAUCUUGGCACCGCAAAAUUGGAGUUUCUGAGCUUGUACGGAAAACCAAUGUCUCAGUGGAUUAAAGAUGACACGAGUGGCGAUUACAAGAAGAUGUUGAUUGCCUUAGUACGCGGUUAAAUAACUUUGCGCAUUGUGUGGUCAAAAGUUGUGUCUACACUGUCAGAGUUAAUGUGACAAAUAACAAUGAUAAUGUCCAUUAUUUUUGGGGCGUCAUAUGACAUCAUCAUGCCUAUAUAUGGUAACGUCACACAAAUUUGUCACAUAAAAUUUGAUAGUAUUCACAUACGUUAAAUGGUUGAAUACCACUUUAUAAUACCGAGGUCUAACACGCUUUUUGCUAUAGUCGUUGCAUAGAUAUUGGUGGGAAAUGAAUAAUUAUAUAUAAAUUUAGUAGUAGUUUUAUGAAUUUUUAAUUUAAUAUGCUUAGUUUGGGCACACUGUGGAUAAGACAACUGGCUAGUGAAGAGCGAAUAUCUGACGAAGCCCACUCUAUAUCUGUCACUAAUUAAUUAGUAAUGCUUUAGCUCGCAACAUACCGAUGUUAUGUACAAAAUGAAGCUGUUUGAUACCAUGUUUGAGCAUUUCUAUUAUACGACAAAACUCUAUGUUCGGAUGAGAUAAGAGUUGAACAAUUUCAAAUUUAUAAUCUGAAUUUAAUAACACGAUCAAAUAAAACAUUGAUAUUUGAUAUACAUGUACUGAAUAUCAGUAGCGUAUGCAAGUACAUCAUAUGAUACGAUAAUAAUUUUUGUGGAUAUAAAUUUCAUAUUAACACUAGGGUACAACAGAUGUAAUGGUCAAUGCAUUUACACGUUGUAUAGCAUCGGUUUCUAUGCAGUGUUCCAAACUCCAAUAAAGAGCUUAUUAUAUACUGCAGGUAAGGCUACUAAGCAUGCAAUAAAAUUGAGGUGAAUGCAUUUAUUAGGCUGUGCUGUAUGAUGGCGCUGUUCAAUAUAUUAUGGUGUAAUCACUAUGUAGCAAUUAUAAUUAAAACUAAUGCACAUGAA